UCUACCGAAGAGGACGUUUGCAAGUUUUUCAAAUUGGUAUAUUUACGACGAAGCCUAUUGCGCUUCAAAAACAGUGAAAUUGUAUUGUCCACGUUAUCAACUAUUUGUUGAACUUGUACUUUGCAACGGUAAAAGUGGUGUUAAAGUUCGACCUACUUUGCCGCAAGUUUCUCCCACCGUUCUACGUCAACAGCCAAAAAUGUCUCAUCGUGAACCAACAGUUGUGGGCGUUCCUAACUUCAAUGCCGCUGAAGAUGCGGCGACUCUCCGGGCGGCCAUGAAGGGCUUCGGCACGGACGAGCAGGUUAUCAUAGACAUCUUGACAUCACGCUCAAACCAACAGCGCCAGGCCAUCGCUCAGGUCUUCACACAUGAGUAUGGCAGGGACCUCAUCGAAGACCUGAAAUCUGAGCUGGGCGGGCACUUCGAAGACGUGAUCGUGGCCCUGAUGAGGCCGGCCGAGGAGUACCUGUGCAAGGAGCUGCACCACUGCAUGGAGGGCAUGGGCACUGACGAGGAAACCCUGGUGGAGAUCCUGUGCACCAGGACCAAGCCUGAGAUAGCCGCUAUAGUUGAUGCCUAUGAGAUGAUGUAUGACCGUCCGCUAGCUGAGCACAUGUGCUCUGAAACAUCCGGCGAUUUUCGGAGACUACUGACGCUAAUCGUCACAUCUGCGCACAAGGGGGCGCGCGACGAGGAGGCGGGCGUGGACGCGGAGCGCGCGCGGGAGGCUGCGCAGGCGCUGUACGACGCGGGGGAGGCCAAGUGGGGGACCGACGAGGAAGUCUUCAAUAAGAUCUUAGCCCACGAGAGCUUCGCCCAGCUGCGGCAGAUCUUCGAGGAGUACAAGAACAUCUCGGGGCGCACCAUAGAGCAAGCGAUCAAGGCUGAGAUAGACGGGGAGCUCAAGGACGCGCUCUCAGCCAUCGUCGAGUGCGUCGAGAACUCGGCUGCGUGGUUCGCUCAGCGCCUGAGGGCUGCCAUGCAAGGCGCCGGCACUGACGACAAGGCGCUGGUCCGCAUCAUCGUCUCCCGCUCCGAGGUGGACCUGGCCAGCAUCAAGCAGGAGUACGAGCGGCUGUAUGAUAAGACGCUGCUGAGCGAUCUGCAGGGCGAGACUUCUGGGGACUACAAGAGGGCUUUGGUGGCGCUCCUGGGGCCCGCAUAGGAGCCCUAGCAGAAGCAACUUGAAGAUUUUAGCACCAUAAGUAGAACCUGUUUUGAUA